AUAAUCCUGUAUAUAUAGAAUGCUAUUGAUAACGUUCUCAUCACAUCCCCUUUUAUAUAUAGUUUCUAUUCAGAGUUUCAAUGACCAUGAAACCGAGCAUGAGUAUUGUUGUUCUUUUUCUUGAGUUACUAGCCUUAGCAACCAUCAACAUUUGCUUCUGCAACAGAAACACCCACUUGAAUUGCAUUGAAAGUGAGAGAGAAGCACUUUUAAGGUUCAAGCAUGAUCUCAAAGAUCCAUCAAACCGGCUUGCCUCUUGGACUGGUGAUGGAGAUUGCUGUUCAUGGGCUGCUGUUCUUUGUGACAACUUGACAGGUCGUGUUCUCCAGCUCCAUCUUGAAUAUCCAGAUUCUGAUGAUGAAGCUUAUGAGAAGUCAAAGUUCGGUGGUAAGAUUAAUCCCUCUUUGCUUGAUUUGAAAGUUUUGAUUUACUUGAACUUAAGCAGCAAUGAUUUUGAAGGAAUUCAGAUUCCUAGAUUUCUUGGUUCUAUGGGAAAGUUAAGAUAUCUUGAUCUUUCUGGAGCUGGAUUUUCAGGAAUGAUUCCUCCUCAAUUGGGAAAUCUCUCUUACCUGAAAUAUCUUGACCUUGGUUGCGAUGGUUAUUGGAAUUUGUAUGCUGAGAACACUCUUUGGUUAUCUGGCCUUUCUUUGUUGGAACACCUUGAUUUGCAUUAUGUGAACCUUAGCACAUCCUUUGACUGGUUGCAAGCCAUAAAUAACCUCUCUGUUUUAAAAGUGUUGAAAUUGUCAUUUUGUCAGCUUUCUAACUUUCCUCCACUACCCAUUGCAAACUUUUCGUCUCUUACUGUCCUGGAUCUUUCUGCUAACCAAUUAGGUGACACAAUUCCUAGUUGGAUGUUUGGUCUUAAUGAUUUAGUCUUUCUUUCACUAUCUUUUAAUAAUUUUCGAGGUCCUAUUCCUGAUGGACUUCAAAACUUGACUUCUUUGAGUCACUUUGAUUUAUCUUUUAAUGAUUUCAACUCUGCAUUUCCCAAUUGGUUGUACAAAUUUAGCCACCUUGAGUACCUACAUUUGUCAGAAAAUAAAAUUGAAGGGAGACUUCCAAGAUCAUUUGGAACACUUUGCAACUUGAAAUCAAUCAAUCUAUUCGGUGUGAAAUUAAAUCAAAGUGUAUCUGAAGUCCUUGAUAUCUUCUCGGGAUGUAUACCAGAGGGGCUACAGUUUUUAAAUUUGGAUGGAUCUCAACUUUUUGGUCAUUUGACUAAUAAACUUGGGAAACUUAAGAAUCUAGUCCGUCUUGACCUGCACAACAACUCUAUUCUUGGUUCUAUUCCAUUCUCUAUGGGAAAACUUUUGUCCUUGGAAUAUUUAGAUCUUUCCUAUAACAAAUUGGAUGGAAUUGGUUCUAUUCCAUUCNUUCGGAGGUGA